CGCGCCAGGGAAGUAGCGACAAGGCGGAAGUAGAGCUGGCUGCCUCAACUCUCUUCCAGCGAUGGAGCAGGGGGAGUAGGGACCGAGAACCACCGCAUUAACCUCCUCCAAACAGUCGCUACGGGGGGACGUGGAUACCUCCCUCUCACCCAGUGAGUACGGCCUGUCUAAAGUAUACCCAGUAAGUACGGUCUGUCUAAAGUAUACCCAGGUAUAAUUCAGAGCCGGAACGUGGUGGUGGUCCUGAUGAUUCCAGUUCCAUGAAUUCCCUGCGGAUCUCCGUUCGAGGCCUUCCCGCCCUGGCCUUCAUGGCCUGCGCUGCCUCCGACCCCCGCUUCCGCCUAAAAUGGAGGGCCAUCACUGUGGCAACGCUCCUCGCCCUCGCCCUGCUGCUUUACCUGCACCAGACGACGGGGGUCGGGACUGGCGGCAAUGACUUCUUCGGCGGCGUCUCCUCUGACCGCCUCCAUCACCACGGUAACGGGGCGCAAAGCUGGUGGACGAACAAUGACAAGGAAGUAAACAAUAAUGGUAACCGUCAACCGGUGGCUGCAGUGAGAUCCAACGGCGGCGUCAACUGGAAGAAUAAACACUACAACGACACAUAUCCUCUCAGCCCGCCGGAGAGGGUUGCGUCCGGGAGCAUCCGGUACCGUAUUGGGGUGAUCGCCGACUUGGACACGGCCUCAAGGAGCACCAAGGGUCAGACGUGGUUUAGCGUCAUGCGGAGGGGCCACCUGUUGGUGUCUGAGAGUGGGGACAGAGUGGAGGUGGAGUGGGACGCAGACAGCCUGACCCUGGAGAGCCACCUGGCUGAGAAGGGACGAGGUAUGGAGCUGUCGGAGCUAGUUGCGUUCAACGGUCACCUGUACAGUGUGGACGACCGUACAGGAGUUGUCUACAGGAUAGAGGGGAACCAGGCGGUACCCUGGGUGAUACUGACUGAUGGAGACGGGUCUGUCUCAAAAGGGUUCAAGGCGGAGUGGCUGGCGGUGAAGGAUGAGUGCCUCUACGUGGGGGGUCUGGGUAAAGAGUGGACGACCACUACCGGAGAGUUCAUCAACGACAACCCCCAAUGGAUCAAGGUCGUGGGUUACCGCGGCGACGUGGAACACGAGAACUGGGUACCGCGUUACAACGCCCUGCGCCGCGCAGCCGGGAUUCAACCGCCAGGUUACCUGAUCCAUGAGUCUGCGGCGUGGUCCGACCGCCUCCAGCGCUGGUUCUUCCUCCCCCGCCGCGCCAGCUCCGAACGCUACGAUGAGAUGGCCGACGAGCGCCGCGCCACCAACCUCCUCCUCUCCUGCCCCUCGGACUUCCGCGACAUCACCGUGGGGCACGCUGGACCGCUCCACCCAACGCACGGUUUCUCCUCGUUCAAGUUCGUACCGGACACCGACGAUCAGAUCGUACUCGCGUUGAAGUCGGAGGAGGACGCGGGGAAGAUAGCGACGUAUAUCCUGGCGUUUACGUUAGACGGGAGGAUGUUACUGCCAGAGACGAAGAUAGGAGACCUGAAGUAUGAAGGACUGGAGUUUAUUUAAAAUGGAGGGAUGGGGAGAUCCUUAGGAGAGACUGGAGAGGGGGUUGGAUGCAGAAUACAACAGGACAGGGUUGGUUGUUAGAACUUAAACAUCACCGACCUGUGAAGUAGUGUGAUGAGGUAGGAGGACUCUGUUCCAGGAAGGUCCCAGUCAUCACCAAGGUUGUCCAGAAAAACGACUAGUGUUGUAAGAUUCUUCACAUGGGCGACUUCCUGCCCCAUAAAGGAGUCUGGGUAAUGUAGUCCACUACGUCUGGGUUUAAACAGGCAGCCCAAUUCUGAGGUUUUUACCAAUCACAUCAGAUCUGACUGGUCAAAAUAAUUGGCUGCAUAUCUAAACGCAGCCGAAGGAGACCUAUGGUUGAACAACGGUCGUAAAAACUGUGACGCUCACAGGAACAAAAAUACUAAAAUUGACAGGGUUGUGUUCAGUAGGCACAAAUCGGAAAGAAACGUUUUAAAACUGAGCAUUAAUUACCUGAAGUUGUCCAAUAAGGCCAGUAAUUUUUUUUUUUUUACAUUUGUGCCUUCUGAAGAGGACCCUUGUUUAAACUAACACUGACUCACAAAUGCAAAACUUAGAUGACGUUGGUUUGUCAACAUUUGCCAUAUGUUGACCAGACUACUGAAUAAGAUGCAUGAUCUUCUUACACCAGCUGUUAUGUUAAUAACUUGUUUUCUCUCUUAAAACAGAACACCUCAGAUUAAAAUGUUCAUAUGUCA